AUGGAGGAGCGUCAAUCACCCUUGUGCAGUACAGCUUUGACGCACAUUAGACACAUGUUGACUGGCAGAGCUGUGAUCAGGACGGUUGAUGCCCAGCCUAUUUUCCAGCGUAUUGGGCAACAGGUGGUCCCGAAGGAGGUGGCCCUUCUCAACCGUCUGAAGCACAAGUACGUCAUCAAGAUGUUGGACCAUUUCGAGGACCACGACAAUUUCUACAUUGUCAUGGAGAGACCCGAGAAGUACAUCGAUCUCUUUGACUACAUCUCGGGGAAGAGGAUCAUGAGUGAGCGCUCGGCUCGCUUCCUAUUCCGUCAGGUGGUGGAGGCGGUGCAGUACUGUAUGUCAAUGGGAGUCCUCCACAGGGACGUGAAGGACGAGAACAUACUCAUUGAUCUCAAGACCAGUCAGAUCAAACUCAUCGACUUUGGCUCCGGGACCUUUCUCAGGGACGAUGUCUACACUGAGUAUGAAGGAACGAAGGUGUAUGCUCCCCCAGAGUGGAUCCUGCACCACCAGUACCACGCUCUCCCCGCCACAGUCUGGUCCCUGGGCAUCCUCCUCUACGACAUGCUACUGGGUGACGUCCCCUUUGAGACUGAGGCUCAGAUCGUGGCCGGCUACCUCGACUUCCACAUACAGCUCUCUUCGGAUGCUCGCUCACUCAUCCAGUGGCUCCUGGAGUUCCGCGCUCAGGACCGACCCAAUCUCGAACAGAUCCUCAAACACCCGUGGCUUAAGUCCCCCGGUAAAUCUCCCCACAGCCCCUCUAAUAAUAAGAUCUCCACCACCGUCUCCUCGCCGCAAACCAAACAGCACCUGAUAUCCCCGUCCAGUAGGGUGUCUCCGUCGGCCACCAAACCACAGAGUCGUACGUCCUCUCUCUGUCGGAAGGAGACCACCAGUUCACCGUCACACGGGGCUGGUCGUGGGAGCAGAGGAGCCGGCACUCCCUCUUCCCCCUCCGGCUCUUCUUCUUCCUCCUACUUUACUCCACCGCAGGGCCGAACGGGGGUGAAAUACAGCGUCCCUAUGAGCGGUAAUUCGUCACCCGAUACUCCACUCGGGAACCGUACAUCUUCCCCUUUGCUUCAUCGUAAAAACGGGGGUCUUGGUUGUUGUCUCCCGUCGGUCGUCUCGGCUAGAAAUGUGUCUCCGUCGAGUGGCCACGGUGGAAGUAGAGGGCCCUCCCUCCACAGAGUAUCUCCGACCACCGCGAAAUCUUCAAAGUCUGUUAUGCGACGGUUUGUGUCCCCCGUGCCCCCACCCCGUGGUCCCACCUCACACUGUGGUGGCUACAGUGGUGGUGGUAGCGGGGUUGUAGGGACAACAGUACAGGAUGUCACAGGUACUAGAGGGGGAGAGAGGCUUCAACCUGAGGCUUCCAGAACUCAGCUACUGGUGGGGAGAAAACAGGCCUUCUAGUGAAUGUCUCUACUACUAACAGUGACAGUUAUUUGUUGCGCAAUGUUUGCGCCAGUGAUAUUUUUUGAUUGCCUGGGCACCGUCACAUCACUUCACAAUGAUUGUAACCCAUUCAUCAGCAGGCACAUUGCAGUGAUUCUCAUUAUUAUUAUUUCAUCCAAAUUUCAUUCUACUUGUAAUAUUGUUAUAACACCUUGCAACAAUCCUGGCGGGAAGCGUGUACCAGUUGUAUUUUCCGCUGCCGAU